AUGGACAAAAAGUUGAUAAUCACUAAAGCCGUUCCUUUACUCACCCCUAAACCCCGCCCAUCAUUAACUUCACCAACAAAAACAAGUGGUUUUGUCGAUGACAGUUUUGUCAAAUUAGUUCAACUUCAAAAACGGUUAGGAACGGAUGACACUGAAGACAAAAACACGUCCCCCAAAAUUCGUUUAAAAAAGAAAGACCCUGCCGUCAUUCAAGCUGAAAAACAACAAAAAGAAGCCGAAGAGAAAAAGCGUCGUCAAAUUGAAGAGAAAAAACGGGAAGAGGAGAGACGUUUUAAAAAAGAACAACAAGACAAGAAAACAAAAGAAUUGAUGACUUCCGGCCCUGAAGCGUUUUUAGAAGAAUAUGAAAAACCUCAAAAGAAGACUCAACCCUUUCAAAACAAUUUACCACAAAUGUAUUCAACACCUUUCACUUCUCAUAUCCCUUUCCAACAACCUUAUCAGAAUCAACAACAACCUUCUUAUCAACAAAACUACUCAACUCCUUUCAAUGCAUUUUACUCACAACAACAAUUCCAACAACCCUACUCUCAACCCUACACGCAACCUUAUACACAACCUUACGUCCAAAACGUCCCUCAAAGUUAUCAACAAUAUUCUACUACCCCUCUACAACAAUACCCCGACUAUACCGGUUAUAACACUUUCUCUUAUCAACAACCUUAUACAUACCAAGACUAUAAAAAUUUGCCACCAAGCUUGCCUCAAAGUUAUAGAACAGACUUUGAACAAAACAAUACAACGAAAAAAGAACAAAGAGACGAUAUCCCUGUGGAAGAAGAGAAACCCCCCCGUCCACUUUGGCAAGACACCUCCCGAACAGAGAGAAAUGAGAGAAAAGAAAGAAAUGAAGUCCGACGGACUGAAUAUACCAUAACAAGACCCUUUGUACCUAAUCAAAGUGAGAAGAAAGAAAGAACUUAUUCGACUCCCUUCUCUCAAAAACAACCAAAACAGAAGAAGACCAUUCCUUUCAAAACUCGAGACUCUCAAAAACCAAUUGAAGUCGUUCCUGAAAAACAAUCAAAUAUCGAAUUGUUCGAAGACAAACCGGAAACUAACUUGCGAGACGACAAAGAAAAUUUGGUCGGGACUUCGCAAGCCCUUGAAAAGCACUAUUUCAGAGUCAAAGGAAUCCCAAAGUCAAGUGAGGUGAGGCCAGAAGUCGUGUUGAAACAAGCAUUUAAGUUUGUUAUGGACAACUUCAAGAAGACUAAUGAUUAUGAUUAUAUAUGUGACCAGUUAAAAGGUAUUAGACAAGACCUCACAUUGCAGCAUAUCGAGGACGAGUUCUCUGUUCAAGUCUAUGAGCUCCACGCACAUCUUUCUCUUGAAAACCAAGACAUCUCCGAGUUCAUUCAAUGCGCGUCGGCAUUAAAGAACUUAUACCAUACCAUGAAACGCCCGAUUGAUGAUGAGAAAGUCAUUCUUUAUUCAGCUUCGAUGAUUCUGUGUAAUAUGGAUGGGAAGAACGUCUCCCCUGCAGCACAUUAUACACUUAUUAGAGAUAUCCCAGACUCUAUAUUGACUCACCCGACUAUCCAAUUAGCUUUAAAUAUAAAAAAGGCCUUUGUAGUUGGCGAUUACUUCACUUUUUUUAAUUUAUACACCACCGCAAUUACUCAGUUCAAAUUGAUCUUAGUCUUGGCCAUUGAUAAGGUCCGCAUUAAUACAGCAUAUACCUUGUUCUAUGCCGUCCGUCCUACUAUCGACGUGGAACACUUCAAGAAGUACCUUUUCUUUAAAGACGACGAGGACUACACGCAGUUUAUCACAAAGCAUCCAAUAGUAUUUGAUGAUAAAGGGAGCAUCGUCUGUGCAACUUCGCUCGCCAAUUUGACGUCGUGA